AUGAAGCUGGCCGAGAACAUGAUGAGAGCAACAGCUCAGUUACCAGAAAAUCUCUUCUGGGGAAAUUGGAGUUUGGCAGAUAAAUUAAUGGCUUUAGGAGGCCAGAGGAGUUUGGAAAAUGCAACGACGAGGCUCUGUCAUGACCACCUUGUGCCAAAGAUGAACAUAAACAAGAAAAUGGGCACCUUCGCAAACCCAGCUGCAAUCUUGGCAGCGUCACCGGAGAUGAAGAAAAACUGUGGCAGCAAACAUGUAGAAACUUCUCCAUUUGAAAGAGUCAAAACAACAAGGAGCACCAAAGACAAACAGUGCAAUGAGUUAGAGAGGGUAGCCUUUAAAAGGAAGGCAGAAGGUGAAGAAAAGCCGGCUGGAAAGAAAGAGGCAAAGAUGAUGGAAUUUGACAAUCAGUUAAUCACCAUGCCUCUGCCUCACAUCCCCUUAAAGAACGUGAUGGAUGUGGAAAUGAAGUUGGUGUACGUUGAUGAAGAGAACGUGAGCUAUGAAUUCACAGAAGCCUUCAAGCCCACUGGGACUCAACCAACAUGCCAUGCGGCCGAAAUAGUAGACCCGUUGAGUGUCCCUAACCUCAGCUUUCCACCUCAGAUUGACAAGUGGCUUCAGGUAACCUUAAAGGAUGCCAGCUCUUGUUACAGACAAAAGAAAUACGCCGUGGCAGCAGGACAGUUCAGAACGGCACUGGAGCUUUGCAGCAAAGGGGCGGUUCUGGGAAAGCCCUUUGAAUCAUCCGCUGAAGACAUAGCAAGUGUGGCGAGUUACAUAGAGACAAAGCUUGUUACGUGCUAUCUACGGAUGAGGAAACCAGACCUCGCCUUGAAUCACGCACACAGGAGCAUUGUUUUAAACCCAUCCUAUUUCCGAAAUCAUCUUCGUCAGGCAACAGUGUUUAGAUGUCUGGAGAGAUACUCAGAAGCCGCCCGGAGCGCCAUGAUCGCCGACUACAUGUUCUGGCUCUGUGGAGGAAGGGAGCCCGGCAUCAGCAGGCUCCUUAAACUGUAUUGGCAGGCCAUGAUUGAAGAGGCCAUCACCAGAGCUGAAUCUUUCUCCGUUAUGUACACACCAUUCGCAACAAAAAUGACAGCGGAUAAAAUAGAGAAAGUAAAAGAGGUUUUCACAAGAACCCACCCUGCAUAUGUGGAUUAUAUCUACACAGAUCUUCAAGACCUCCACGUGCUGCCACAGACAGCUGACUGGUCUUCUCCUCCUCUCCAGCAAUAUCUCUUGACUCUUGGGUUUAAAAACAAAGAAGAUGGAAAAUUUUUGGAAAAACUAUCAAAUAGAAAGCUGCCAACAUUUAUUGAACAUAAAACUCCCUUCGGGUUGCUGACCAGAGAUGACGCUGCCAGACACAUGGAGACAAUGGGGAAGCAUAUCUUGCCAAUAUUGGAUUUUAUCAGAAGCACCCAAUUGAAUGGGAGUUUCCGGGCCUGCUCAGGUGUGAUGGGGAAAUUGCAGUACGCGAGCCUCCUCAGCCAGCUGCAGAGAGUGAAGGAGCAGGCGCAGGUGGUCCAUCAGGCCAUGGCCGAGCUGGCAACCAUCCCCUACCUGCAGGACAUCAGUCGGCAGGAGAUGGACGUGCUGCAGUCACUAAUGGCAGAUGCGAUGGACACCCUUGAAGGAAGAAGAGAUAAAGAACGUGUGUGGAAUACAGUCCAAAAGGUUGGACGAAUUGAAGAUUUUCUAUACCAACUCGAAGACAGCUUCUUAAAAACUAAAAAACUGAGAACCGCUCGAAGGCAGAAAACAAAAAUGAAGCGGCUUCAAAUCAUGCAGAAUAACUAG